AUGUCUGCUCAAGGAUUGCUGCUGGCAGGUAAAAUUAACAACAAAUAAAUUCACGAAUAAAGUUAACGUAACAAACAAACUUACUAUAUGUUAUUAAUUAAAAAUAUGAUGGAAAUUCCUUAUAUUAAUUAUUAAUACUUGUUCGUUAUCCAAUGGCACAUAUUUCUAAUAACUUUCGAUCUUCAAACGACUCAAUACAUUUGAUUAUUUUCAAUAUAAAUCACAUUGAUAUAAUUGUUUCUAUAUAUAAGUUUAUAGUUUUAAUGCAACGAUGAUGAAUUUUAUAUCUGAGGCCUAAAAAAAAAAAUAUUUAAUAAGUGUUUUUAAUUGUAGUCUUGUUAUAUUCGUAACAGAUAAGGACAAUACGGCUAUCAUGGUUGGAGUCAUAGUUCCAAUAGUAUUCUUGUUAACUUUAUUGGGCAUCGGGCUACUGGUCAGACGGAGAAGAAGUCAAGGACGUAAAACGACUGAAACAAGGACCACUGACAACUUAUCUUUACCGGACAGCGUGAUUGAUACUAGUCGACCAAUUAAAAUAGAAGAUUUUUCGGAACAUUAUCGCACGAUGUCGGCGGACUCGGACUUCCGUUUCUCGGAAGAGUUUGAAGAACUGAAGCAUGUUGGAAGAGAUCAACCUUGCACAGCCGCUGAUUUACCGUGCAACAGACCGAAGAAUCGUUUCACAAAUAUCCUGCCCUACGACCACAGCAGAUUUAAGUUACAGCCUGUAGAUGACGAAGAGGGUUCUGACUAUAUCAACGCCAAUUAUGUUCCUGGUCACAAUUCUCCAAGAGAAUUCAUCGUCACACAAGGACCUUUGCAUUCGACACGCGACGAUUUCUGGAGGAUGGUCUGGGAAAGCAAUAGCAGAGCCAUUGUUAUGCUAACAAGGUGUAUUGAAAAGGGCAGGGAAAAGUGUGACCAUUAUUGGCCCAUGGAUACCCAUCCUGUUUAUUACGGGGACAUUUGCGUGACGAUACUAAACGAAACGCAUUACCCCGAUUGGAGUAUCACGGAAUUCAUGUUGUGCAGGAAGAAAAUGUCACAAAUGGUCAACGAAAGCUUAAGAAAGAUUUCGUCAACGAAACAUUUCUUCGACACACAGGGAGACGUGAAGAGAAUCAUUCAACACUUUCAUUUCACAACGUGGCCGGACUUCGGUGUGCCAAAUCCGCCUCAAACGUUGGCUAGAUUCGUUCGAGCGUUCAGAGAGAAAGUCAGACCGGACCAGAGGCCGAUCGUCGUUCAUUGUAGCGCUGGUGUUGGCCGCAGCGGUACGUUUAUCACAUUGGACAGAAUACUUCAACAGAUCUUGGUGUCGAAGUACGUCGACAUCUUUGGAAUAGUCUGGGCAAUGAGGAAGGAGCGUGUCUGGAUGGUGCAGACGGAGCAGCAAUACAUCUGCAUACAUCAAUGUCUUCUGGCUGUGCUCGAAGGCCAGGACAUGACUGGACCGCCGCGCGAGAUCCACGACAAUCAAGGAUUCGAAGGUGAGCUUUCCAUCGUCAAUGUGGCCGCUUUCAGAAUUUGAUAAUUUCGAGAGAACAAGCAAGGGAUGUGCGCGUAUUAAAAAUUUUCCUACGUUCGUUUCUUACGUGGACAAUAAUUAUAAAUCGAAAGAAGCUGUAGCUCGUGUCUGUUUUAUUUUUUUUCUUUUUUUAGAUGUGAUAUUUUUAUGCUAA